GGCGCAACCAAAACAACAUUCCGGUCGGUCAUUCCGGUCAUUGUUGCAGAGCAAAGAAGUUCAAGUUCCCAAAUCCCAAGUAACUUGCCAAAUAACUAAUAAGAUUGUAGGGUAUUGCCAAGUGUAAACUGUAGAUAAAUGCUUUUUUAUCGCCGCGUAGGUCACGCUUUACUGAGGUUACGCUUUACUAGAACAAAUUCCUAGCUGAACUUGUUUUUCAAGACAAAGAGUGCACUUCAUUGUUUCUGAAGUUUGAGCUGAGUCAAACCACAAGCCUGCAGGCUGAGUGCCAAGUCUGGUCCUUCAAGAUAGACCAUCCAUCCGAUUAUACUCUCAAGAUUUGUGCCACCACAAGAUGGCGGUGCUGCACCGGGCGCUGGUCACCUGGUUCCUCAGCCUGGUGUUUCUGAUUCUGCUGGUGCUGCGGCUGGACGGGCGCACCCAGUGGAACUGGUUCAUCGUGUUCAUCCCGCUGUGGCUGCUGGACUCACUGCUGCUGCUGUACUCGCUGGCCGUGCUCGUGUCGCCGUGCCGCAGCGGCGUGGACCGGUGGCGUCGGCUGAGCGGCACCGUCUGCUCGGCGACCGCCGUGCUGCUCAAGCUGUGCUUCCAGAUCUGUCUGUGUCUGCACCUGCAGUACCCGUCGGCCGGCCUGCGGCUGCACGCCGCGCUGGCGCCGCUGCUCGCGCUGCUCACGGGCGCCACCGCGGCGCUGAUGCGCCACCUGGUGCAGACACACUGCGGCUGAGAGAUCAUCCACAGAGCGGCGGAACGGGGAGACCAUCCCUAUGCACACUGCAGCCGAGAGAUGAUUCACAGGGGAAACUAGCGGCUGAGCGGGGAGAUCAUCCUCAGAGGACAGACUGCGGCCGAGCGAACGGACUAUCCCCCCCCCCCCCCCCCCGGAAGGUUCGCUGCGACUGGUACGGGACGAGUGUGAACUGCUCUUCCGGGAGACCACUGUGGACUGGUUCUGAUCCGAAGAAGGUGAUAAUGUCUGUGAAAUGCCUAUCCGAUGCAUGAAACUGGGGCAUUGAAACAGUCGUGGCCGUAUGAACGAUGACCCUGGAGUUGAAACAGUGUAUGUAGAAAUGUUAUGGGCCGAGCGACGGCCGGGUAGUUCAAGCGGUGAGGCAGCGGGCUGUGCCGCGGUCCUCACUUAACCGCACAGUCGAGACAAUAUCGGCCACUGGCUAGCGGGCGAUAAUAUGGUGUAUUACCAGUGUGGAGCACCCUCAGUCUGUGUGGUGGCGUCAGCUGUUCCGUUGGCCACAGCCGCUGCCAUCAGACCCUCAGCGGUAAGGGUCGGAACUGAACGGGGAAGGCCUUAGUUGGCAACAAACUGUGUAUUUAUUGUCCGCUCCGUGAAGUGACCGACCAUCCAUGUGUGAAGGUGGGAUUCAUUGUGAUAUCGUUUUAUGUAUUUAUUGUGAUUGUUGUGAUCUUGGACUUAGUGAAGCUGCUUAUUGAAAAUAAUAACAAUGUUCAGUGUAUGUAAUAUGCAUCCCUCUGUAAACUUGUACUCCGUCUCACUUGAUGGCCCUCAUUCGAUUAGCUUUUGCUGGCGAGCAUUUCGACUUGAUACAACUCUACCUGAUAGCUCUACCUACAACUCAACUCUACACUAUUUAGCAGUGAACUAUUUGAUACACUUACAUACCUAUGUUUUGGGCCUUUGGCUCAUGGCCAUUUUGCACUGUUAUGCUGCCUGAUUGUGUAUUAAAUGAAAUAAACGUAAUGUUUUCGUUAAGCCUUCAGUAAUUUAAAAUGCCGACUGCCGAAGCAGCGCCCUGAUUAUUGACAAAUACCUAAUGAAUGUUGCCACAGCACUGGGGUUAGUGAUGCAGACUGAAUGCGCAUCUGACAGGAUAUCUGUCUCCAUAGAUCUUAUAUUGCAAAAUCAUUAGUCGAUCUACGUGAACUGAUGUAGUCUACCCGAUCUGACCUGACCCGAACCGAUGUCUUACCCGCGGCGCCGGUGACCUGACCCGAUGUCUGACUCACGGCGCCGGUGACAGGUUUCAGCAGUAGGCGGCGUCGUGGCAAUGGCGGCUUCGGGUCCCGAGGAGCGAGAGAUCGACUACGACCGGCCGACCGGUGCCGGGCCGCUCACCGUCAAGGUGAUCAUGCUGGGUGACAGCGCCGUCGGCAAGUCCAAGAUGAUGGAGCGCUUCCUGCUGGACGACUUCAAGCCGCACCAGCACUCCACGUUCGCGGUGAACCUGUUCCGACACCGCUGCACCGCGCAGGGCAGGGACGUGCUAGUUGACUUCUGGGACACGGCCGGACAGGAGGCCUUCAAGUCGAUGCACCCGUCCUACUACCACCAAGCACACGCCUGUAUUCUGGUGUUUGACGCCACGCGAAAGGUCACCUACAAAGGCCUGUCAGGAUGGUAUCAGGAACUGCGCGAGAACCGGCCGACAAUCCCUGCCCUGUGCGCCGUCAAUAAGAUAGACGAGAACCCGGACGUGACUUCACGGUCCUUCAACUUCACCGAGAAGAACGGCAUGCCCUUGUACUACGUGUCCGCCUCCAAGGGCACCAACGUCGUGCGGCUGUUCACUGACGCGAUCGAUCGCGCCGUCACAUACAAACUGGACCCCACAGAUGAGAUGGAUCAUAUUCUGGAGGAGCUGGAGCGGGAUUGAGAUCCUAGACCCCCGGCCGGUGCUCCGUCUCGGAAGAAUGUGACGCCCCUGAACACUUUGAGGGUGUCUGUCCGUCUGCCUAGUGCUGGUGUCAGCUGGCUGUGCGACGUGCCGAGGCUACCGGGUCAGACUUUCCUACAAUGGCCAGGCAGCGUCGCUGAGCACCAAGUUAAAUCUCGCUGAAUGACCCCUGACUGGUGUCACUGGAUGGUGAUUUAACUGAUUAGGGUGGCUGGUGCCAGACUGGCUCAUGCCACUUGAUAGUGUUAGGUGUGGCCAUCACCAAUGGGCCUUUGGUCUAGAAUGAUCUGUUGGCGCUGACAGCUUCUGGUGUGAUGGGUCACCGACACGUUGGUUCAACCAUGGUGAACUGAAGCUGCUGUGAUGUGACUCCGACUCGCUGGAUUCCGACUGUAAUUACUAGGUUGUCUAGCAAGUGACUGGAUGUAGCCUGUUCCGUGACGGGUGACCCAGUCAGUGACCACUGACCUCGGCACUCGGCAGUGACAAUGCAGCCUGCCGCGAAUAGGUCUAUUUGACUGUGACUUCUAGAUCACGGUUGAAGCUGUCAUGUACGGCAUGUUCUAGUCACUGGUGAUGGAUAUUUUCAAACCUUUGACAUAGCACCACUGUGGUGUAUCGUGUGUUCGAUAUCUUACGUAUUCCGUCCACGGAAACUAGUCGGAACUCGGCUCCUCUGAUGAACCCGAGCCGAGAAGCUGUGUGUCGUUUUCAUUUAGGUAUGUCGUUUUCGACAUCGGGAACCCGUUUAUGCUUUAUUGGUAAGGUGUUGCCAUAUACCACUGAUCUCAUCAGUUUUAUGGUACAUCGGUAAUGUCAAGGGCAUUCUGUGCAGAAAGCGAUUUGCUUUUAGAUGUUGCACUCAGCGUUUUUGGGACACAUUUAUUUACUUUACCGUGUGACGCGAGCGAUACGAGUCGCUUUGAUGAAGUUGUACACGAAUAUAUGUGAUUAGUUG